CUCUCACACACACUCGCACAGACACUCAGUCACUCACACACAGGCACAGUCGUGCUCGCUCGCUCACUCGCUCGGGCUUACACCGGAAGUUUCUGUCAGUGCUCCGCUCCUCUCCCAUCACGCAGCAGCCGGCUCAGGAUGCGCGACUCGGUGGAUUGGCUAUUGGACCGGCGCUUCGGAUCACUUUUCUAACGGGACGGCACACACACACCUCUCACUGUCCCGUUCCCUCGCUUUUUUUUCUUUUCUUCUUUGGUCUUUUUUUUUUUCCCGGGCUGUUUUUUCCUCUCCGCUGAACUUGCCUCUCCCGAUGGGCCUCUCUCCACCCAGCAGCUGAUCUGUGUGUUUGUGUGUGUGUGUGUGUGUGUGUGUGUGUGUGUGUGCAAAUGUGUGUGUUUAGCAGCAUGCACCCCAACACUAGCCUGAGUGGAGGCUAAAACUUCAGAGCCAAGGAGGCUGAGUGUGUGUGUGUUUGUGUGUGCUCGCAUAUCCGCGUGCGUGUUUGUGUGUGUGUGUGUGUGUGUCUGGGAGCGCCAGAACACAAGGAAGCUGGAGUGUGAGGCUAGCGGAACUGGCCGGCCCAUCUCGUGCCUUUUCAUUUCUUACCCACAAUUCCCGGGUGGCGUCAUGCUGAGCCUGCAGGACUCGGUAUUCUUUGAGAUCAGCAUCAAGUCUCUUCUCAAGUCCUGGAGCUCUUCAGCCCCGGUCAGCAGCAGCAGCGUGGUGAGUAGACACCGGCCCCCGAGCUCCCCCGCCUCGGCCCCCCCCCACUGGGAGAAGCGCGGUUGCGCCAUAGCCGUUGGCAACAGCAGCGGGGCCCCGACUGGCCCCUGUCCCCCCUCAGCCGCCGUCAUGUCCGCCAUCACCAUCGACCCCGAGCUCAAGCCCGGGGAGUUCGUCAUCAAGAGCCUCUUCGCCGAGUUCGCCGUGCUUGCCGAGAAGAAGAUCGAGGUGGUGAUGGCCGAACCGCUGGAGAAGCCCUUAUCCCGUUCCCUACAGAGAGGGGAGGAUCCACAGUUUGAUCAGUUAAUAAGCUCUAUGAGCUCCAUAGCGGAACACUGUUUGCCCUCACUGCUGCGCACGCUGUUCGACUGGUACCGCCGGCAGAGCGGAACCGAGGACGAGUCCUACGAGUACCGCCCGCGCUCCAGCACCAAGUCCAAAGGGGAUGAACAGCAUCGGGAUAAAGACUACCUACUGGAGCGGAGGGAUCUGGCCAUAGACUUCAUCUUCUGUUUAGUAUCUGUAGAAGUUUUGAAACAGAUUCCUCUGCAUCCAGUGCCAGAUGCUUUAGUACAUGAAGUUCUGAACCUGGCAUUCAAGCACUUUAAACAUAGAGAAGGGUACUCUGGCCCCAACACUGGCAACGUGCACAUCAUUGCGGACCUGUACGCGGAGGUCAUCGGAGUUCUCACCCAGUCCAAGUUCCAGGCAGUGAGGAAGAAGUUCAUCACGGAGCUGAAAGAGUUGCGUCAGAAGGAGCAGAGUCCUCACGUGGUCCAGAGCAUCAUCAGCCUCAUCAUGGGCAUGAAGUUCUUCCGGGUCAAGAUGUACCCCGUGGAGGACUUCGAGGCCUCCUUCCAGUUCAUGCAGGAAUGUGCACAGUAUUUUCUGGAGGUUAAGGAUAAGGAUAUCAAGCACGCCCUCGCUGGGUUAUUUGUGGAGAUCCUCAUCCCUGUAGCUGCUGCGGUGAAGAAUGAAGUGAAUGUACCGUGUCUGAAGAACUUUGUGGAGAUGCUCUACCAGACCACCUUUGACCUUAGCUCCAGAAAGAAACACUCUCUGGCUCUCUACCCUCUGGUGACGUGCCUGCUGUGUGUCAGUCAGAAGCAGUUCUUCCUCAACAACUGGCACAUCUUCCUCCAGAACUGCCUCUCUCACCUCAAGAACAAAGACCCCAAAAUGUCUCGUGUGGCGCUGGAGUCGCUCUACAGGCUGCUGUGGGUCUACAUCAUCAGGAUCAAGUGUGAGAGCAACACCACCACACAGAGUCGUCUCCUCAGUAUCGUCUCAGCACUUUUCCCCAAAGGCUCCCGCAGCGUGGUGCCCCGGGACACACCCCUCAAUAUCUUUGUCAAGAUCAUCCAGUUCAUCGCUCAGGAAAGGCUGGACUUCGCCAUGAAGGAGAUCAUCUAUGACCUCCUGUGUGUGGGCAAAUCCCACAAGACGUUCACCAUUAACCCCGAGCGGAUGAACAUCGGCCUGCGGGCGUUCCUAGUCAUCGCCGACAGCCUGCAGCAGAAGGACGGCGAGCCGCCCAUGCCCACCACGGGCGCCAUCAUGCCCUCGGGCAACACGCUGCGCGUCAAGAAGAUCUUCCUCAACACCACGCUCACGGACGAGGAGGCCAAGGUCAUCGGUAUGUCGCAGUACUACCCUCAGGUGCGGAAGGCUCUGGACAGCAUUCUACGGCACCUGGACAAAGAGGUGGGCCGCUCCAUGAGUAUGACCAACGUCCAGAUGUCCAACAAGGAGCCCGAGGACAUGAUCACGGGUGAGAGGAAGCCGAAGAUCGAUCUGUUCCGCACGUGCGUGGCGGCCAUCCCCCGCCUCAUCCCUGACGGCAUGAGCAGACAGGACCUCAUCGAGCUGCUGGCCAAGUUGACCAUCCACAUGGAUGAGGAACUGCGGGGCCUGGCGUUCACCACGCUGCAGGCUCUGAUGGUGGACUUCCCGGAGUGGCGCGAGGACGUGCUGUCUGGCUUCGUGUACUUCGUGGUGCGCGAGGUGACGGACGUGCACCCCACGCUGCUGGACAACGCCGUCAAGAUGCUGCUGCAGCUCAUCAUCCAGUGGAGGCAGGCCGUGCACACCAGCAACCGCAGCGGCACGCCAGCCAACCCCGCCACUGGCCCUACCUCGACCCCCUGCCUGCCCCUGGAGCGUGCUCCUCAGCUGGGCGUGAUGCACGUGGUGGAGGGCCUGGCUCUGGUGGUGCUGUGCAGCUGCCGCCCUGCCACGCGCCGCCUGGCCGUCAACGUGCUCAAGGAGGUCCGCGCGCUGCACACCGCACUCGGCAUCGCCAAGGGAGAUGAGGAGUUGGCCAUAGACGUGAUGGACAGGCUGAGUGCGUCAGUGCUGGAGAGCUUCAUCCACCUCACUGGGGCUGAUCAGACCAACCUGCUGUACUGCCCCAGCGGCAUCGACCUGCAGACGCUGGCGGAGUGGAGCUCGUCCCCCAUCAGCCACCAGUUCGACGUGGUCAGCCCCUCGCACAUCUGGGUGUUUGCGCACGUGACGCAGGGCCAGGACCCGUGGGUCAUCAGCCUGUCCAGCUACCUGCGGCAGGAGAACCUGCCCAAGCACUGCCCCACGGCGCUGGGCUACGCCUGGCUCUUCGCCUCCACCCGCCUACAGCUGCUCUCGCCACAGGUCGACAUCAACAGCCCCAUCAACGCCAAGAAGGUGAACAGCCUGAGCAGCAGCAGUGACUCCUACGUGGGCCUGUGGAGGAACUACCUGAUCCUGUGCUGCAGCUCGGCCACCUCCUCCUCCUCCGCCUCCUCUUCGUCCUCCUCGUCCUCCUCCUCAGCCCCCGGCUCGGUCCGCUGCUCCCCGCCUGAGACGCUGGCGUCCACCCCGGACAGCGGCUACAGCUACGACUCCAAGAUAAUAGGCAUUCCGUCCCCCUCCUCCCUGUUCAAACACGUGGUGCCCAUGAUGCGCUCAGAGAGCAUGGACAUCACGGAGUCUCUUGUCCUGGGGCUUGGCCGGACCAACCCCGUGGCCUUCAGAGAGCUGCUGGAGGAGCUGAACCCCAUCAUCAAAGAGGCUCUGGAGAGAAGACCAGAGAACAUGAAACGGCGCCGGCGUCGAGACAUCCUCAGGGUCCAGCUGGUCCGGAUCUUUGAGCUGCUGGCUGAUGCUGGAGUCGUCAGUCAGACUGCGAGUGGAGGCUUGGAUGGGGAGACGCACUCUCUGAACGCCACGCUGCUGGAGUACGUGGAUCUGACGCGCCAGCUCCUGGAGGCUGAGAACGACAAGGACUCGGACACGCUGCGGGACAUCCGCUGCCACUUCAGCGCCCUGGUGGCCAACAUCAUCCAGAACGUGCCAGUGCACCAGAGGAGGAGCAUCUUCCCCCAGCAGUCUCUGAGGCACAGCCUCUUCAUGCUGUUCAGCCACUGGGCCGGACCCUUCAGCAUCAUGUUCACCCCCCUGGACCGAUACAGUGACCGCAACAUGCAGAUCAACAGACACCAGUACUGCGCCCUCAAGGCCAUGUCUGCUGUGUUGUGCUGUGGACCAGUGGCUGAUAACGUGGGCUUGUCAUCCGAUGGCUACCUCUACAAGUGGCUCGACAACAUCCUGGACUCUCAGGACCGCAAGGUGCACCAGCUGGGCUGCGAGGCAGUGAUGCUGCUGCUGGAGCUGAACCCAGAUCAGAGCAACCUCAUGUUCUGGGCGGUGGACCGCUGCUACACAGGCUCGCGUCGCGUCGCCGCCGGCUGCUUCAAGGCCAUCGCCAACGUCUUUCACAACAGGGAUUACCAGUUUGACACUGUGGUGCUGCUGAAUCUGAUCCUUUUCAAAGCAGCUGAUUCGUCCAGAGAGAUCUACGAGGUCGCCAUGCAACUGCUCCAGAUCCUGGAGCCCAAGCUGUUCCGUUACGCUCACAAGCUGGAGAUCCAGAGGAGCGAUGGCAUCCUGACUCCGCCCUCUCCACUGCCCCACCUCUACUCACUGUCCUACUACCAGCUGAGUGAAGAGCUGGCCCGCACAUACCCAGAGCUCACACUGCCUCUAUUCUCAGAGGUAAGCCAGCGUAUCCAGACAGCGCACCCCGGUGGUCGGCAGGUGAUGUUGCACUACCUGCUGCCCUGGAUGAACAACGUGGAACUGGUGGACUUCAAGCCGUCGGUGCGCCGCGCGGAGGAGCCUUCGUCAGGCGAGGAUGAGGAGGAGACGCGGGAGCGGGAGAUGAUGAUGGUCAACAGCCGGCGCUGGCUCAGGGGAGAGGGCUGGGGAUCGCCACACGCCACCACCAUGGUCCUAAACAACCUCAUGUUCAUGACCGCCAAGUAUGGAGAUGAGUUUGCCUGGUCUGAGAUUGAGAACGUGUGGACCACUCUGGCCGACAGCUGGCCCAAGAACCUCAAGAUCAUCCUCCACUUCCUCAUCAGCAUGUCGGGGGUCAACAGCGAACCCAGCCUCCUGCCCUAUGUGAAGCGGGUGGUGGUGUACCUGGGCCGUGAUAAGACCAUGCAGCUGCUGGAGGAGUUGAUGUGUGAGCUGGAGCUCACAGACCCGGUGAGCUCGGCCAUCACACACAUGGACAACCCUCCCUACUACCGCAUCACCUCCAGCUACAAGAUUCCCUCUGUCACCUCAGGAACCACAUCUAGUAGCAACACCAUGGUGCCUGGACAAGAGCCCCACCAUGACAAGAUGAAAGAUCCCAACAUGGAAGACAAUUACACACACUUGGACAUCUACAGUGGGUUGAACAGUAACCUCAACAGACAGCACCACCGGCUUGAGUCUCGCUACAGCAGCAGCUCUGGAGGAUCCUAUGAAGAGGAAAAGAGUGACUCCAUGCCCGUCUAUGCCAACUGGCGUCUGAAGGUGAUGGAGCACAACCGGCCCGAGCCCCUGCCCUUCCCCCCCACGGGAGGCUGCUGGUCCCCGCUGGUGGACUACCUGCCCGAGACCAACACGCCAGGGGUGUCACUGCACAGGUGCAACAUAGCUGUGAUUCUGCUGACUGACCUCAUAGUGGACCAUGGUGUUAAAGUGGAGUGGGGAGCCUAUCUCCACCUGUUACUGCAUGCCAUAUUCAUAGGUUUUGACCACCAGCAUCCAGAAGUCUAUGAGCACUGCAAACGCCUGCUACUCCACCUGCUGGUCGUCCAGGGAACUAACAGCAGCGUCCAAUCACUGGCCUCCGUUCUGCUCCGCAACCGCGAGAUCAACGACCCCAAGGUCCUCACGAUCAAGCCAGCCCUGCAAGAGUUCAACCUGACUGGAGUGAGUGAGCUGGUCCCUGACUACCAGCCGUCCCCCAUGACCGACUCCGGCCUGAGCUCCAGCUCCACCUCGUCCAGCAUCAGCCUGGGCAGCGGCGCCCUGCCACACCUGCCCACCGCCCUCAACGAGGUGGACCUGUCGGCCGAGCAGGACCAGCGGGUCAAGGCCCUCAUCGAGUUCAUCACCUCCAGGAAGCGGGGUCCCCUCUGGAACCAUGAAGACGUGGCUCCGAAGAACCCCAACAUCAAGAGCGCCGAGCAGCUCAGUGUGUUCCUGCGACACGUGGUGAAUGUCUUUAAACAGACUCAGUCAGGCUUCCAGCUGGAGCAGCUGCUGAGUGAGGCGGCUCUGCAGACGGCUCUCUCGUGUUCGUCUCGUCACUACGCCGGCCGCUCCUUCCAGAUCUUCCGCGCCCUCAAGCAGCCGCUCACGGCCGCCACCCUCUCUGACGUGCUCUCACGCCUGGUGGAGACGGUGGGAGACCCGGGAGAGGAGGCCCAGGGAUUUGUCAUAGAGUUGUUACUGACUCUGGAGGCUGGUAUCGACACGCUUGCAGACACCAUGAAGAACUACGACCUGCUCACUGCUCUAUCACAGCCUUCGUCCCAUGAUAUUCUGCUGGGCACCAAGUUUGCCAUCAACCGCAAGAGCACCGGCCAGCUCCACCUGAGCAGUGGCGCCGGCCUCCUCCACGCCCACUACGGCCACGCCCGCUCCAACUCGCUCCGCGCCAGCCUCAUGGGCGAGCGCAAGGGCGACCGGCGGCGCAGCAACACCCUGGACGUGGCGGAGCGGCUGGGUGGUAGCCACGGCAACCUGCCACGCACCCGCAGCCUGUCCUCGCUGAGAGAGGGAGGAGGGGGAGGCAUAGGGGGAGGAGGAGGAGGACCUGGGACAGGAGACACGGCCCCGCCGGCCGACCCCAGCAACCUGAUGGCCACGGUGUUCUGGAUCGCCGCCUCCCUGCUGGAGUCGGACUACGAGUUCGAGUACCUGCUGGCGCUGCGGCUGCUGAACCGGCUGCUGGGCCAGCUGCCCCUGGAGCGGGCGGACAGCCGCGAGCGCCUGGAGCGCGUGCAGGCCAAGCUCAAGUGGUACACCUUCCCCGGCCUGCUGCAGCUCUUCCUCAAGGGCUUCACCUCGGCCGCCACGCUGGAGCUCACCAUCCACCUCCUCAGCAAGCUCAUCAGCGUCUCGCGACACACGCUCGUCGACCCCCCGCAGGUCGCAGGCUUCCCCCUGAACAUCCUGUGUCUGCUGCCUCACCUGGUCCAGCACUUCGACAGCCCCACGCCCUUCUGCAAGGAGACGGCCGACCGCAUCGCCAAGGUGUGCGCCGAGGAGAAGUCGGCCACGCUGGCCAACCUGGCGCACAUGAUGAGCCUGUACUCGGCGCACAGCUACUCCCGCGACAGCACCAACUGGAUCAACGUGGUGUGCCGCUACCUGCACGACGCCUUCGCCGACAUCACCUUCAACCUGGUCACCUACCUGGCCGAGCUCCUGGAGAAGGGGCUUCCCAGCAUGCAGCAGUCCCUCCUGCUCAUCAUCUACAGCCUGCUGAGUCACAUCGACCUGUCCGCUGCGCCCGUCAAGCAGUUCAACCUGGAGAUCAUGAAGAUCAUUGGCAAAUACGUGCAGAGCCCGUACUGGAAGGAGGCCCAGAGCAUCCUGAAGCUGGUGGUGUCGCGCUCGGCCAGCCUGGUGGUUCCGGACGAGGUCCAGCGGUCCUACAGCACAGAGUCGUCCGGCUCGCCCGAGAUCGCCUUCACCCGCAUCUUCAACAACUCCUCCAAGGAGCUGCCCGGCAAGACGCUGGACUUCCACUUCGACAUCUCCGAGACGCCCAUCAUAGGGCACAAGUACGGAGACCAGCGCACGGCGGUCGGCCGGAACGGCAAGCCGCAGGUCAUCGCCGUGACCAGGAGCACCUCCUCCACCUCGUCAGGCUCAAACUCCAACGGCCUGGUGCCAGUCAGCUGGAAGAGACCACAGCUGUCCCAGAGGAGGACCAGAGAGAAGCUGAUGAAUGUCCUGUCCCUGUGUGGACCCGAGUCUGGCCUUCCCAAAAACCCCUCGGUGGUGUUCUCCUCCAAUGAAGAUCUGGACUCCGGAGACCAGCAGACCAGUCUGAUACCCACCGUGGAGGAAGUGACCCGGGAGGAGGAGGCGCUGGCGGAGGACGCAGGAAGUGAGCAGCAGUUUGGAGUGUUUAAGGACUUUGACUUCUUGGACGUGGAGCUGGAAGAUGCAGAGGGGGAGAGCAUGGACAACUUCAACUGGGGGGUGCGGCGGCGCUCGCUGGACAGCAUGGACAAGGGCGACACCCCGUCGCUGCAGGAGUGCCAGUACGCGGGCAGCACGCCCAGCCUCAACCUCACCAACCAGGAGGACACCGACGAGUCGUCCGAGGAGGAGGUACUGAGUGCUAGCCAGAUUCUCAACCGAUCCAACCUCCUAAACAGUGACUCGGCGACAGACGACGCCACAUCCAAUCACGUCGACUCGCUGCAGCAGUCCCAGGAGUCUUCCAGCAGCGUUCUGAUGGAGGAGGCCACGCCCACACCGCCUCCGCCCCGCCCCGACAGCCCAGUCCCUGAGACCGCCGCCCACCCUGACAGCAAUAGCAGCCAGCCGCCUGAGGAUGCAGUGAGCGUGACCGCAGCCGACGAGCUGAGCAGCAGCGUGAGCGAGGACACGGGCUUCGGCAGCGCCCCUCCGCUGCCCUCCGACCCCUCCGAGCUCUGCUGCGACCUGACCUACACCCAGGACCCCCACGACGACCUGGACCCGGCGCCCCCUCCCCCGCCGGCCAUAGACAGCCCGCCGGGGUCCCUCUUUGAGGUGGAGCCUGCCCAUGCCCCUGCCCCCAUCCCGACCCCGGCGGCCGCCUCCCUGCCGCCCCCGGAGCUGCCCCCCCACCUGGGCUCCCUGGCCGACAGCCCCGUGGGCUCGGUGUGCGAGGACGACGUGACGCAGGCGCUGAGGGAGCUGGAUGAGCGCUGCGAGGAGGAGGAGGCCGACUUCUCCGACAUGUCCAGUCAGGAUGAGGCUGACACAGAUGGCUUUCAGGAGACUCAGGCCUCACCGCCUCCGUCGCCCUUUCUCUCCGCCAUCCUGGCUGCCUUUCAACCCGUAGCCUAUGACGACGAGGAGGACGCUUGGCGUUGCCAUGUCAACCAGAUGUUGUCGGACACGGACGGGUCUUCUGCUGUUUACACUUUCCACGUGUUCUCCAGACUCUUUCAGAGCAUCCAAAGAAAGUUUGACUCCAUUACCCAUGCUUCAGUGCGCUUCCUUGGUGAGAGGCUCCAGCGAAUGGGGAACCAGUUCCUGAGCUCCCUGGAGGUCAUGACCUCUUGCUCCCAGUGUCCCACAGUGCUGCUGGAUGCAGAAACGUUGGUGUCGUGCGGGCUGCUGGAGAAGCUUAAGUUCAGUGUGCUGGAGCUACAGGAGCAUCUGGACACUUACAACGGCAAGAGAGACGCCGCCCAGCAGUGGUUGGACAACUGCAGGAAGACGUUUGGUGAUAAAGACAGUAGCCAUCGGCCCAACACUCAGGCUCAGGAGCUGGAGCUGUGCCGGCGGCUGUACAAGCUGCACUUCCAGCUCCUGCUGUUGUUCCAGGCCUACUGCAAGCUCAUCAGCAGGGUGGACACCAUCAAGAGAGAGGCAGAGGUGAUCAACAUGUCUGAUGAGCUGGCUCUGCUGGAGAGCUGCCUGAAGGAGGCAGAUGUGGCGCGUGGCAGCCAGGAGGAGGGCGUGGGGGAGGUGGUGCACAGCAGCACAGAGACGGCCAUCCACGCGCUCAUCGAGAGCCUGCGGGCACGCCACUUCAGCCAGGCCCUCACACAGGUCAAAGCAUUCAGGGCUCUCUGGCCCAACGACAUCUUCGGCAGCGAGAAGGACGACGCGGUCCAGACGCUCCUGCACAUCUACUUCCGGCACCAGACGCUGGGCCAGACGGGCUGCCUGGCGGUGGUGGGCCCCAGUCGGGACCUGUCCCAGGCCAGCGGCCGCCUCAUGGAGCUCAACAUGCAGAUCCGAGAGGCGCUCCGCCAGGCCCAGACCAGCCCCACUCCCGCCCAGACCCAGACCCAGACCUAUACGGACACCGUGCUCCCCCCGCAGACCCACAUCCAACCCCCACCAGAGACUCAGAUCGAGGACCCAGUGGAGACCCACACGACCGUGCUCAGCACCGGCCUGUGAGUUGUAGUGGCCCGGACUGGAGGUGGGACUGCCUCCCUCCCCGACCCCCAGGACCUCUCCCUCUACCCCCCCCUCCCCGUGCACCUGCACAUGGCAACCUGAAGGGGGGGUUGGUGGAGGGGUUCUGUGGAUGGGGGAUGGAGACGUCACUCUAAAGGGCUAAAAGGAUGCGAGGGGGACGAACUCAACUCGCUCAUGUUGAAAAUGCGCAAGUGUCGCUCUUUCCAUUCUUCUCUCCCCCCCCCCCCCCCCCACCCCCACCCCACCCGAAAGUAAGCCACCCGACCUCGCCUGAAAGAAGAGGAAGAACUACAGCUGCAAUAACUACUCUUGAGGUGGUGACGGGAGGUGAUGUACGGAAGGGCAAAGGCCGACGAUGACGCUGAACUGGAAAGUCUUUUCUUUUGGCGGAGUGACCUAUGACCCUUGAGCAGCCUACCUUGGUGCGGCCGCGGGGCUUUCGGCGGCCCACGAUGCACUGGGCCGGCGCACCGAGCACACGAGGUGUGUCGCCAUGGAGAUGACACGCAAAGAAAUGCAAGAAGGAAUCCCUGUCACGUUGAACUCAUAAUCAAACAUAAUAUUAAGAAACAAAAAGGAAAAAAAAAAAAAAAGGUUUCAAAUGCAUGCUUGAAAGAGAAAGCACUGCAAGACAUAUUUUUGGAGAAAUGUAUUUUUUAUUAGAGCUAACAUCCUAGGAUGUAAACGUUAGGGAUAUUUCAUGUGUAAUUGUAAGCCUGGGGGUAGGGUGGCCCUCGCCCUCAGGAUGCUGUAUAAAGAGAAAUGUAUCUGUUCACGUUACAGAACCGCACCCUCACCCCCACCCCCACCGCCUUUGCUGAGUGGCUCUUAACAACAGCAACAAGAAAGAAACUCUUACCCUCUUACCAAAUAAGUAGCUGCCUUUAGAGACCAUAGAUUUCCGUGUGUGCACGGAUGUGUGUGUGUCAGCGUGUGCCUGUGCGUGUGUGUGUGAGAGAGAGACAUUUUUGUGUUUGCGCACAGACGCAUGUGCUUGUGUUGGCGAUACAGGUUUCAUUCCUAAAGGCAUAUUUACAUAUAAACACACUUGCACAUAACACACACACACACGGAUUGAAAUGCACACACACACACACACAUACAGUAAGUGCUAAAACUGGCUGCAACCCAUUAUGAAAAUAUCAAUAACUUAUUUUACUCUGUAUAUAUUUUAGAAAAAAAAUGUAUAGUGUAAAAGCAGUAUUUUUCCCUUGUACAUUUGUGUAAUGCACUGUUAAAUCAGAAUAGAGUAUGAAGCUAACGCAAAAAAAAAAGUAACAAAAAAACCCCGCAAGAAUUGAAUAAGAGACCAGAUAUAACGAUCACUAACAAACCCUCUCCACUAUUCUAAUAUGUUGGCAACUGAAACCUUUCCCAAAAGGACGGGCCUGGGCUGGGCCAACUAUCCAUGCACACGGAGAGGAGACAGAGAGAGGUCAGAGUGCAAAGGUCGUCGCCGGGAACCGACACCUAACUCCACUCCUUGGUAGAGAAGGACACUGGGGUUGUCUCUCCCUCUCGAUGCUGGACGGCUGUUGCCCAGCCCAGCCUUGCCACAUGCAUUCCUUAACUCCACUGUGAUUUCUCCAUACCGGCUCUGCUUCCCCGACACAGGUUGUGCUGAAGGAAGCUUGGGGCUGAUGUUCGUCCAUGUUGGCUCUGUCUUAACCCAAUCCCCCUUUCCCCCCCCAACCCCUGCCCGGCUCAGGGUUGCACUGAUGGUGUGUUCUAGCCCUAUGCCCUGAGGGGGAAGCUGUGGCCAUGUUGGCUCUGCUGUGCUUCUGAAAGGCACUGGGCUUGCUUGCCGAACUGCAGGACAUAAAGCAAUGUCUUGAGAGAGAGAAGAAAUCUGUCACGGCACAUUUAAGAAAAAGAUUUAAAAGAAAUGAUCACUGUAUUCAUUCCUCACACCGAUCUCUUCUCUUGCUUGUCUGGUACAUUUUUGAAUGCUGUUCUUAAUUAUUUAAUGAAUAUAUGGAUAUAUUAUUUACCUGGAAAAAGUAUACUUUUUAUUUAGAGGUGCAUUAUUCCUUUUCUUUUUCUGUUUUCUUUAUAGUUUUUCUGUUGACUUUUUUUUUGUUUGUUUUCUUUUUUUUUUCUUUGUCAUCUCACUCUUUACCAGCCUUUCCUUGUCUGGAUAAAUAAAAACCUGAUCAUAUGCA